AAUCUAUAUCUAGAUUCUUUAGGUUUCCAUGUGCUGAUUCAUCAAGUCUUCACUGGUUCCUACAUCGUCACAUCACUACAAGGACAGAAAUUAGUGCUGGAUAGAUUUCGAGAUAAAGUGACUUAAUCUUGUUUCUAGUUUAUAUUUAACACAUAUAUAUAUAGGCCUAUUACUCUUAUUUAACCUUAUUAAUGGAACUUUGUUUGUGCUUUCUUAAAUACUGAGAAUGAGUCGUAACAUUUUCACAACCUUCACAAGGAUAUUAUUUAAAAGAAUAAAAUACGUAAAAGUAAAGAAAGAAAUUAAUGUUUUAAAUGUUCAAAGACUUAAUAAUCAUGUGAUAUGUACCUGUGCCACACCUAAACCGUGUUUUUAAACCCAUAAUAAUUGAGUUUUUAUUCCAGAAUUUACUAUUGAAUAAUGUGAAUUUUAUAAGAAGUGACGGGUUCUCACCGAACAAUAUAAGGUGUGUAAAUAACAAAUUUAAAAUAAAGCACAAUGAGCGUUACAAGAUCUGUCAUGUAGGCCGAGGUUGAGUUGGACUUGGAGAGUAUUAUGGGGGAGAUCUUGAUCGAGGACGGGAUGACGUUACUGGUCCGGAGUGCUUCUCUCAACCUUUUGUUCUGCCUUUCCUACCUACCCUGUAACUAAUACUGAUCGAGACUGUUUAACCCGGAGUAUGUGGUUGAUCAAGAAACCUUAGUUUGAACUGUUGGAGAAGGUCAAUCAAUCAACCAAACUAUUUCAAGCUGAAACCUGAGGACGUUGUUCUACUAAAAGCCCGAGAUUAACAGUGGACGUUGUUCCAAACCUGUAUUAAACCUGGAGACGUUGAUGUAUUUCUGCACCCUGCGACUGUGAGUUCUGGAGUCAAAUCUAUCCUAUACUUGAUUGCUGACGGAGACGUUUGAGGCGUCUGUAAAGCAUCAUUAUAUAUAAAAUCUGCUUUAUCGAGACGUGGUUCUCGCUCUUUCAUCUGGAGAAAGGAUUAGAACCUUAUACUUGGAGACGUGGAUCUCCAUAACCUGUAAUCCUUGAUCUCUUGCCCUGAGAAGUUUCCUUGAGACGUGGAGAUCAGUAUUGAAACCAGAACAAAGUAAAUCUUACUCUCGCCCUUGACGAGAGGAUGGAUGUGCUGGAGGCACAGAUACAAUCCAUCAAUUAAACCGAAGUAAGAUUUUUUUUAAUUUCAUUUUCUGAAAUUUGUUGGAUAUUCAAGAGUUGUAUGGAAACUACAGGGUGUUAAUGCAGGAACCUUGCCUGUACUGGUUCUGUUGGUUGGAGAGGAUUUCGCUUAACUUGUAGCUCAAGACUGUGCUAGUGAGAAAUGAACUUUGGAAGACUAUGAACUGAAAAAUCAACUAACGCACCAAAUGUAAGUUUAUGGAUUCUUUUAAAACUAUUGUAUUUUCAAUGAACAAACUUGGAAUGUAAAGGGUGGCACAGAUUUAUAAAUGUAAAUAUGUUGUAUGAGUUGUACGGGUGGUAAAAUAAUAAUUUUUAUUUUGUAUUUCAGUUUCCACCGUAUGACAUCUGCAGCAUAGGAGAUUAUAAGAAACAUUGCUCAAAUUGUGAAUAAUUGCAGAGCUAAACGAGUGAGAAUGGGCGUAGUUGACCAGCGCUCCGCAUUAGCGCGCGAAGCACUCCUGGUUCCUUAGCAACAACCAGGCAAGAAUGCACAGUGGAAAAUUUGCAGUGAAGCAAUGCCCAUGAACACAAGAAAGAACCCGAUCCCACCGAGUGAGCCUACGUCUCCUGUGGUUGGAUUUGACCAGGCCACUGGACUACCUGUAUCUAGUGCGCGGCGAGGAAUACAUUCCCCGCUAACUAGGGUUCCAGAAGAUGAUGUUUUCCAGUCUGGAGGUUCCCUAGGAUGGGAUAACCGAGAACCCUUGCCAACCUUCUUCAGAGAACGAUGACCUGGCGAUGCCCCGAAUCAUUCCACAAGUACCGGAUUUAGUGUUCCACGAAUUGAAAUGACACAUGAAGAGUUGGUACGUCAGGCGCUUGCCGACCAUGCUGAAGUUAAGAUGCUUGCUGAGGAUGAUUACAAAGAUGUUGAUCCUGCUGAUCUUGCUUCUGAUCAUUUAAAUAGCAUGCUCCAGGAUGCAGAGCUCUUGAAGAAAAAAUCACAGAGCUCAAUGUUAAUAUUAGAAAAUGAAUCUCCAGAUAUUUUUCCUGAUGGAAAAAGAACCGAAGCGGAACUAGCAAAGAAAAUGUUAUUAUCCUUCAUUAGAGGGGCUAGCAAAGAGUUGAAGGAUCGAGAAAAGAGAAUGGAUCCUUCUCCAACGGUAUUGGGGAUCAAUUCUAUACCAGGAGGAGCUGUAAACCCCUCAAGGAGCGAAGCGUCCCGAGUCUUUAAAGCAGAUAAGGUUCGUCGAUAUGGAGAUGACACACUUGUGGCUCUUACUUCCCUUCGAGAUGAGCUCAAUGCAAUUGGAAGUAGAAGACCCUGUACUGAUGCAGAAUUUAGAACCGCUAGGGAUAGAUUUGACACAGCAGUGAGAAAGUCUAAAUCAUUAAUUGCUGAUGCAAAAACUUUGAUUGAAGAUGCAGUUGAAGCUAAUGAACCAGGCCUGGCCAGCUCUAUAGACUAUAUGAGCAGGAAGGUCAGAGAAUCAGAGUGGGAGGUGGACACUAUGAUGAACGACUGUAAGGUGAAUCUGGGACUAAUAGGAGCGGCAGGGGGAGCUAAAUCAUUAGAAGUUGAUCUGAAACCUCCAUUGUUCAGCGGAGAACUGAGUGAAUUAGAUUACUACACCUUCCGAUUAGAUUUCGAUGAAUAUGUCUCUGUGAAAGGGUUGUCGUGGAGCCAAGCGUUGAGAGUCUUGACGAGAACUUGUCUCCAGGGACCUGCCCAAUCCGCUUGCCGGGAUUUCAAGUCUGUGGAAGAAGUGAUGAAGUAUUUAAAAACAAAUUAUGGCAACCCUCGUCUACUACUAAGCAGGAGAGUACAAGAUCUGCGGGAGCUUGGAACCUGCCAGGGCACGAACCUCAAGAAGAGGGACUGGGCGGUGACCGUCAGGAGCAAGUUGACCCUUCUAAAGGAGCUCGUCGAUAAGCAUAAUCUGCAGGAUGAGUUGUAUUUUUCUCCGGUGAUUCCGGAGCUGCAGAGGGCCCUGCCAUGGCGUCUGUUAGAAGAUUUCAAGGAUAAACUAAAGAAGGAAGACGAAGCUGGUAAUUUCUCAAGGAAGCAAAUUUUCGAAAAAUUCUUGGACCAUAUGGAUUGGAUUGUAAAUUCGCUGACAUUCGAGAUUAAUUUUUCCCUUACUGCUGGUGAAAGUGAGGCUAAAACAUCACAGAAAGAGCGAGAAGGUCCUAAACCAGGCAUACCUAAGCCUGCAGCAAAGAAAUCGUAUCAAGUAGCACCUCUAGAUGGAGGUGGAGGAGGUCCUCGGAGCUACAGCCAAGGUUCGGAUAAUCCUGUGGCCAAACCUUGUCCUUCUUGUCCUGAUAAACACACUCAUGUGUAUUAUUGCCCUAUAUUUAUAAACAGUAAGGGGUCGGAGCGGUUUAAAGUAGCAGCCAAAACCAAAAGCUGUUUCAAAUGCUUAAGAUUGGACAGUCAGGUUGACUUUAACAACCGAAUACAGUGGGAGAUUCAACACCAGGAGUUCUGUGAUACAAGUUGGGUUUGUCCUCAAACCGAGUGUCUGCAGAAGGACUUAAAUCGACAGAGGCAUUUUACUAUGUGUGCGAGACAUGCAAAUGAAAAUGCACAGUACGAGGGGGAUUUUGUCAAGAGCCUGGAUCCGAAGCUUAUUCCUCAGGGAACAAAAUUUUUCACAUUUUUCCCACAGGUAUAUAACGUUAAUCCUCCGCCCCCUCCGCCCUCGCACAAGCCUUCUAGAGCCGCUGAUAUCCCUGAUCAAAUGAAUCCUGCCAUUUUUAUGCUCCAAUAUGUCACUGUAAAUGAGUCAAAACUGUUGGUCUUCUACGACUCAGGCUGCGCCGGAGCUGCUAUUAACGAGAGGGCAGCAGGAGUGUUGGAUACCGAAUGUGUCCGCCCCGGACCUACAUUUAUGUCCGUUGCAGGAGCUGCUACAAUUGAAAUUGAGACCGGAGAUGAAAGGUUUAGCUUACUUCUCAGGGAUAAAAAAUCGGUUGCAACCAUGACAGCCCUGAGAAUGCCGGAGAUUACUACGCCCUUCCCAGAGUGGAACCUGGAGGAGGUCUGGGCGGAGGUUUUAGCAGGUCAUGGCGGAGCUUUUCCUGACGGUCCACCUCUGGCUCCAGCACCAAAGAAGAUAGGAGGAGCAUCUGUGGAUGUCAUGAUAGGAAUGAGGUACUUAACACUGUUCCCAGAGCACUUAUUCAGCCUCCCAUGUGGGUUGGCUGUGUAUAGAUCAAGAUUUCACGCUUCUAAUGGAGAAACAACUAUACUUGGGGGCCCACAUCGAGCUUGGAGGGAUGCUGAACUCCGAUCGAAUUCUAUGGGACCGAGAGCGUUUUUUACUGCAGAGGCUAGAGCAUACUUCGUUGAAAAUUCUACUAUCAACCACCUCUACACCGGGGUUAACCACGACGUGGAGGAGCUCAGCAUGGAGGAGAUGUUUGAGAUGGAGGAGUCCGUCCUUUUCCGUUCUGAAUGCUUUAACAACCAUUGCAAAAAACACAACGACGAGAUAGGAUGGAAAGCUCCAGUUGGGUGGAGGUCGGAGGACAUGGAGAGAUGUUUCGUUUCUAAUCCUCUUGAUUUCGUAGGGGCUGAAGCUCUUGGAGCCGAAAUACCUUACCGAUGCAUGAGGUGCAGAAAUUGAUUUGAUUGCAAGAAGGGUGAAAUCAUGGAGAAGGUCAGCUUGAGGGAGGAAGCCGAGCAGUUUCUCAUUGAGGAGUCUGUCAACUAUAAUGCUGAGAGCAAGUGCUUGGAGGCCGUCCUCCCCUUUAUCAAAUCUCCGGAGGGAAAUUUAAAAAAUAACUUUAACAGAGCUUUCAAGAUCUUGGAAACUCAAGUCAAGGGUGCUGCAAAAAGUGAACAGACGAGACUAGACGUCCUUGCAUCGCACAACAAGUUAAGAGAUAAGGGACAUGUUAUGCCACUUGAUGAACUCCCUGAGGAUGUCCGUGAAUGUGCUCUAGAGGAACCUGGUUAUUAUAUACCUUGGAGAACAGUUUGGAAUGCAAGUAGUUUGUCGACUCCGUGCAGAAUGGUUUUCGAUGCGUCCAGCACGACCCCAGGUGGUGAAUGUUUAAAUAAUAUUCUGGCUAAGGGUGAGAAUAAGUUAAGCAACCUUCUCUCUAUUUUGAUCCGGUUUCGAACCCUCCCCUUUGCCUUCACCGGAGAUGUAUCCAUGGCAUACAACGGAAUCAAAUUGAAACCAGAACAUUAUAGAUUCCAAAAGUAUUUGUGGAAGGAGGAUUUGAACCCGGAGAACCCUGUGAGGAUCAUGGUCGUAAAAACUUUAAUUUACGGAGUCCGUCCGUCGGGAAAUCAACUUAUGGCUGGGUUCAACAAAUUGGCGGAUUACUGUAUCAAGGAGUACCCGGAGCACGCUGAAGGUGCGGACGUGCUUAUAUCUAACACAUAUGUUGAUGAUGCAGUUCGUUCUUGUGAAGAUGAGAUCAGCAUGAAGAACGAGUCGGAGAGUUUAAUCUUUGUACUGACUCAGGCUGGCCUGGGAGUUAAAUCCAUAACCUGGAGUGGAAGCAAACCAUCUGAACUAGUGUCUGGAGAUGGGGUUCAUGUUGGGGUUGUGGGUUUGUUAUGGGACAGUGAGAAGGACCAGAUAGGGAUUGAUGUGAAACCUUUGUAUUUUGGUAAAAUGAAACGGGGUAAGGCCCCUGAACUAGUGACUGGUGAUGUAAAAACCGCUUUGUCCUCAGUUUUUUCUAGGCGAACCCUGUGGGGACAGGUUGCAAAGUUUUGGGAUCCGAUG